AUGGCCAUGAUUGCUGCUCGCGCGUCUCUCCCUGUGGCGAAGCCCACCGUGGCCGCCCGCAACACCCGCUCGGCCCGCCGCGCCGUCGUGGUCAAGGCCUCUGCGGAGAAGAAGGUCGAGAAGGUGGCCGCGGCCGUGAUUGCCUCGACCGGCGCGGUGAUGGCGAACCCCCUGGUCGCGGAGGCCGCCGUGACGCCGUCGCUGAAGAACCUGCUCAACUCGGUGGUCGCGGGCGGCGUGGUGCUGAUUGCCAUCGCCGGCGCUGUCACCGCGGUGUCGUCGUUCGACCAGCUCGACCGCUAA